UUUGGAAGAUUCAGCUCCUCUUAAGUUAAUUUCAUUUAUAAAAGUCAGCCAUGAGUUACUACUGCUAGUCUUUUUAAGAAAAAGAUUGAAUUUAAAAGGCAAGGCUGCCGUACAGAACUGUGUGACCUGAAGCCACGCAAAGGGUCUCUUCCUCUUCUUUAGCUUCUUCUGUAUAUAUACUCUCUCGUUCAUGCUAUUCUUAUUUCUUUAAACAAAAGCAAACAUUUUCAUAUCUAGAUUAAAGGCAAAAAGAAACAUCUUUUCUUUAUUUUUUUAAGAAAUGGGAAGCUUCUUCAUUCUCCGUUGCGUCUUCAUAAUCAUCUUCUUCUUCAACGGAGCAUUUGGGAAUAUAUGGACCAGAACAGAGAUGGUGGAGCUGGCUGGCUACGGUGAGCAGAAACUCUCCUCCGUCCUCAUCACCGGAUCUCUUAUUUGCGACAUUUCACGUCCUCGCCUUCACUCCAUCGCUAUUCCAGGUGCAACUGUUGCCAUUAAGUGCCACACUGGAUCGAAAAAGAGGUCCAGAUGGAUUAAGGCUGUUACUGAUGAUUCGGGAGAGUUUGAAAUCGAUCUUCCCUCCCAACUCCACGCGAUUCCGGACCUCGAAAACACAUGUUUCAUCAAGCCUCUACAUGUGCCUAAGCCCUACAGAUGCUAUCACACUUCUACCAAUAUACACAAACGUAUCAAACUUGUUUCCUCUACCAAUGGCUUCCGUGUAUACACCUCAGGGAAGAUCAUGUUACAGGGCUACAGUUCAAGAUCAUAGCAAGCUCCUGGUGUCAACAUUUCAACAAACAGCAGAUUCUUCAAGUUCCAUCAUGUGAAAAGCAUUUGUUUGUUAUGGUCCUCGUUUGUUUAGCUGGCGCUUCAGUCGCAGAACCGAGUUGAGUCUCUCUAUAUUGUUUUUCACGUUCCCACGUUGUACAAACAUAAGCUGUUUACGUCAUGUGUAUAAAGGCUCUCAUGUUUUUGGUACAAAAGUAGUGUAAUCACAUAAGAACAUCAUAUAUCAGAAGAAAUGUUUCGCA